CAUACACUAACAACCUUUCCUCUGAGCGGUUGGGUUUGAUUCUCGCGAUUUCCCGGGAUCUACGUCGUUUACCGGUGUAUUGCCGCAGAAACGAAGCGAUACAAAAUAUUUUUCAAUACCAAAAAAGCGGACCUGGUGUAGCUAUGGCGUCCUACAGCCGAUUUGAUGAUGAAAAGUAUAAGAACUGGCUAAAAACUACGAUGAGCCUCCAGCUUCUGAGGAGCCGUCUCAGCAGAUUCAUCGAAAACGAAACCGAUACCUUUCACAAUUCUCUAAGGAAUAAACUGAAGGAAGCGAUCUGUAAACAGAACUGUAGUAUAAAAAUAUUCAAUAAAUAUAAGGUUUCUCCAGUCUGUCCAGAUUGUCAACUUUGGAUGAAUGAAAUCUUGAAAAAUCACAACAAUAAGAAAAUGGAAAUUUACUGGAACAACAGCAAACCUCAUCUGUGGUCAUUUGACAAAUGGGAGGUAGCAAAGGUCUACAUGCCAAGAGGAAACAAAAACCACAAUGCAGUGGAUCAGUUUGACAUUUCUGCCAUUGUGAAUCUCAUGAUCUUUUGCUCACAUUUCAAAAAAUUCGUAAAAGACCAAGUUCUUAAAGAGGUAACUAAUGUAAGAAACCAGAUGAUGCACUCGCCUGACAUGAAAGUGGCAAAAGAGGACAUGAAGAAACACCUGAAGAAAAUCCUGAACGUUGUGGGACACCUGCAGGUCCACGUUCCAGAGCUGAAUGAGCUAGAGAACGAGAUCAACGAACUUGAGGAAGCAGAGCUGAACAUAAGGGUGGGGGAGGAGGACACCAGCAGAGGAGAUGUUACGAAUUUACUGAACAAGCAGAAGAUACUUGACCUGGAACAACAGGUCAUGAAGGAGAAGAUUGAACACCUGACUUCUCGUCUUGAGGACGACAAAGAACUGAACAAUGAGGAAUACCUGACGAUGAAGGAGUUCCUGGAUCAGAACAAGGACCUUCUGAAGCAGCUGGGCCCACAAAUGGAGAAGCUGAAUGCAAUUGAGGUGAAAGUGGAAGAACAUGAUAAACAGCUGACAGUCCUGUCAGAGACAGUGGACCAAAUAGUGAAGAAAACUGAAGAACCGGUUUUCAGUGCUGAUGUGGUCAAAUACAAGAACCAUCUUUUCGAAGAAGCUAAGAAGAACAAAUGGCCUGAUCCUGUGUUCACUGAAGUUCGCAAACCUCAAGGUUAUAUAGGACGGGUGGAGGUCAAUGGUCAAACUUACACAGGUUGCCGUGUUCACCUAAACAAGAUAGCUGCUCAUCAGGAGGUAGCAAUGAUUGCCCUUGAGCAGAUGGAUAUACAGUCAACGAAAGAGGGCAGUCUCACUCUUCAUCAUGCUGACCAAUCGGCUUCUGCCUCCACAGCAGCAAACUCUCUGUUCUUCGCGGCUGUGAAGGUGCCAGUGAAGACUGACUUUGAGGGACCAGAAGCUGAAACCUUGGAGGCCGCAGUUCUGGAAGCCUACAAGAGUCUGGAGCAGGCUAUGAAUCUAGGAGAUACAGGAGCAGGGUCCCCUUCUGAUAGUGCCAGGCAGACGGUUCAUAAUUUCUUCAGCCAGGCUGGUUGUGGGCCCCCUGAGGAGCGCAGCAUCACCACAAAUGGGAAGUUCAGGUCAAAAUUGUGCAUCAAUGGGGAUUUGACUUUUCAAAACCCAGAGGGGAUGUCCAAAAAGCUGCAUGCAGAGCAGGCAGCAGCUAAGGAUGCCCUUCUCCGGCUGGCUGGGGUCCUGGGCUGGGACUUGGUAGGAGUAAAUGAGAACUACAAGGGGAGGCUGCAGGAGAUUCUGAUCAAACAGGGGCACACGGCUCCUUCUUACCAGCGUAUUGAGCCAAGCAACAGAGGAGCAGAAUCGGAGAAGAAUCUUGCUAGUGUCCCCGUACUUCAGGCCACGGUAUCAGUCAGCAACAUCGAAAGCCAGGCAAGAGCAUCUGUUGACUCUAGCCAGUAUCCUCCUCAAUUACAAAAGCCCAAAACUGAAACUCCAGCUCCUGUGAUGCCUGCUGUCCAACCUUCUGAGAGUAAUUUACCUCAGAGCUCAGGCACUGAUGUUCCUGUGGAGCAUUAUGACACAGCUGCUGGCCAGGCCAUUGUCCCUGCCAUGUCCAUUGACUCCAAUGAGAGCUCGGUGUCUUCAGCAAACUCUUCAUUCUUCGCGGCUGUGAAAGUGGCAGUGAAAACUGACUUUGAGGGACCAGAAGCUGAAACCUCGGAGGCCGCAGUUCUGGAAGCCUACACGAGUCUGGAGCAGGCUCUCAACCUGGGAGACACAGGAGCAGGGUCCCCUCCUGAUGGUCCCAGGCAGAGGGUUCAUGAUUUCUUCAGCCAGGCUGGUUGUGGGCCCCCUGAGGAGCGCAACAUCACCACAAAUGGGAAGUUCAGGUCAAAAUUGUGCAUCAAUGGAGACUUGACUUUUCAAAACCCAGAUGGGAUGCCCAAAAAGCAGCAGGCAGAGCAGGCAGCAGCUAAAAAAGCCCUUCUCCGGCUGGCUGGGGUCCUGGGCUGGGACCUGGCAGGAGUAAAUGAGAACUACAAGGGGAGGCUGCAGGAGCUUCUGGUCAAACAGGGGCAGACGCCUCCUUCUUACCAGCGAGUGUCUCAACCAUCUCACACAGAGCCCAGCGACAGAGGAGCAGCAUCUGAGACCAGUGGAGCAGAUGUGUCCACACCUCAGACCACAGGACCAGUCAGCACAGUCAAACCCCUGAGAAAACCACCUGUCGACCAGCCACAGCUUCUACCAGACAGGAAAAAGCCUAGACUAGAUAAUCCAGAUUUUGGGAGAAUGCUGAAAAUGUUUGGUCUGCAGCCUACUUCAGUGAUCUUUGAUAACUUCAAUGUGAAAGAGAAUGUUCGAUUGACUAUGGAAAUCAACCUGCAUGACUUCCCCUACACGACCCAGCAAGGCUACCAUAGCAAGAAGGAUGCUAUUCGCAAGACAUAUCUAAAAUUUGGCCAAGCUAUUGGCAUCUGUGAACCAAAUACAGAAGAGAACCAAUCUUCAAUGGCCGUCAAACAGUACUUCAGUCAAAAGUCACUCAGCCUUCCCACUGAGGAGGUUGUGGAAAAGGAGCAAAAGAAGUUCUUCUGCUCAUUGAAAGUUCCUUCAUGCAGGCUUUCCUAUGAAGGACAAGGGGAAUCUGAGGAGGCAGCCAAGCUGGAGGCUUGCACGCAGGCUCUCUCCCAGCUUUGCAAACUGUUUCACUAUAAGCUGACUUGCAGCAGCGUGGAGCCUGAGGAGAGACUGACCUUACUGCUUGAGGAGGCUCGUCAGCUGCCACCAGGGUUCCAGAAACCUGACACACAGUAUAAAGCCACCGUCCAGCUUAAUUUAAAUAAUUUUGCAUUGGAGAGUAAAGGGCAAAGCAGCAAGAAGUCUGCCCAGAGCCAACUGUGUUGCCAAAUCCUCAUGCUCCUUGGAGAGAAAGAGACUAUGGAGACGAAGAAACCCGUUAGCGAAAGGAACCAGGUAGAUGACUGGUUCAAGCAGAAGCGACUCCCACCGCCAGUGUUUGAGGACUCCAAGGAAUCUGGACCUGACAACAAGGAUGUAUUUCGGAUGAAGGCCAAAUUCUCGGGCUGUGUUACCUGCACUCAUCCAGACUGGCAAGCAAGCAAGGAGGAAGCAGCGAAUGAGCUCAUGGAGGAACUGAAGAGGAGAUUCCAAGAUUGCUGAUUGCAGAGUGCUGAGCAACGACCAACAAGAUAGGGGCUGCCAGCAAGGAACUAUUUGAAAAGGCAGACAGAGUUCAGUAUUUGCACUUACCUGGAAAAGUCUGGAGUUCGUGUCUCCCAUUAUAUAUUUUAUCCAUAGUCCGUGUUACUUUUAACCCUCUAUGGUACCGCGUUGCCUCUAGGUAACAUACCCAUUUUUGGACUUCUACACUCACACAAUACAUCCUCAUUUAUGAUGCAAUACUUUUCAAAAGAGGGAGGGCCCCAAGGAAACUAAUAGCAGUGUUUAAAUUUGUCACAUAACUCUCUAGAGGCCAAGUUGAAUCCCUUUUUUGCGGCCUUCGUCACAUGGCUCAGCUCCAUCAUCUCUCUCCACAAAAUUGGCCUGAAAAUGUCUUUUUCUGUCAUUUUACAAUCUAUUCACAAUAAUAGGAUAGUAAAGUUUAAUUUUUAUUUGUUUAAUGUACUUUAUUUGAUAAUUAAGUAAUGGAGAAUUGUUAAAAUGCAAAUGUUGCCUUGAAGUAACACCAUACCAUUAUGAAUUCCCACCAUGACAGUUUUUGGUAUUGUGUAUUUAGAUUUAAAUACUGUACAAAAGCAUAACAGUCAUAAUAAUGAUUUUUUUUUAUCUCUACAGAUUAACCUAGAUAAAUUUGAUAAAAUUUGGCAAAGAUGGCAGCAACACAACAAAUGGUGGCAACAUAUGUCAGGAAAGACACACACCAGGAAACUGAAAACAAGCAUUUAAAUGUAACACAAAUGAUCAAACACUGAAAUAUGACUCACUAUCUUGUUUUGAAGAGGGUUAUGAUAGUUUGGUUUGAUAGAUUGUUGAUGUAAAUUUUGCUGAAAUAUGCUCACACUCUUUAACGUAUUCAUUCCUAUGGGCUGUUCCACAAUGGUACAAUGUUGUCUGAGGGUAACGUUCAGAGAAACAAACUUAUGAAAAGAGUUCAUUUUUAAUGUUUUUCUAUUUCAAAUGGCAUGAAUUUUAAACUGGUGAGGAGACUGAAUAGUAUAGUAAUAAAUUUUAUUCAAAUUUUAAACAGUAACUCUUUUUUCAUUCCUUACCAUUAUGGUACGGUGUUGCUUUAAGGUAACGCCCCCUAAAGUGUACCCCAAAAAAAUUAUUUCUUGAAAAUUUCUUUAAAUUAUGUUUACUUGAUCUAUUUUAUGACAAGAAAACAGUGCAAUUUUUUUUUUAUAAACUGGCAUCAUAAUGCGUACCAUAGAGGGAGUCCGUGUUACUUUUAACAUUAAUAAAUAUGAAAUGAAAUGUACGCCGUCUUAACUGAUUUAAUCAUGAUAUCAAUAAAGAUAUACGGUCCAUAUUGUG